UAAACACUUUGAUAUGAUUAAAACGGCGACACCGUAUGUUCUUGACAUCUUGUCCUCAGAACGCCGUCGUAUGGCUCGUUAGUCUUUUCUUUUGGGUUGUCUUGGCCUCUUCUGGACUAGGCGUGCUAUGAAUUAAAACCCGACCAGAUUCCGGAGAACUUGUUGUAGUCUGUGAAAGGCGGGUGGCUUUGGGUCUAGUAUUCUUGACGAAAUGGACGCGUUUGAAAACCAAAGCGAAGCUCCAGCUAUCAAAGCUUUGGGUUCUCUCUUCAAGCUCACCGAAGUCUACUUAUGGGACGAUGGUGCCAUGGAGACUUGGGAAUCUUCUUGCUUAUCCGACAGCACUAAAUCGUCUCGACAAAGGAAUAAGAGCCGCUCAAGCAAUUAUCAUGCGAUCAGCGAUUUCAGCAUUUUAGCAGAGGAUAUUGAACUGGCUAAAGAAAUGGAUGCUUUGGGCCUCCCUCUUUCAUUUCACACCAACAAGGAGACCGGGAGUAAAAUGACUAUAAGCAAAAAGAAGGGUUUACGUCCAAAGCAUUCUCAUGGUCAUAGAGACCCUGAAGAAGCGCUGGAAUUUUCCAAAGUGAGUGAGAUGGAGAUUGAAUCUCGAUCUAUUUUUCAUGAUAACUCAAGCAGUUCUUUUUGUUGCAUGUCAAUGCUGGGUCAAAGUGAAUCAUCUUACCAUGAUGUUGCAGUGGCUGUCAAUGAAUCCCUAUGCCCUGGUCAUAAGCAAGAAGAUUCUGCAAGCUUAGCUAAGACUGUUUGUGCCUCUGUCAUGGAACAAAACUGUGAUGGAAUUUCUGACCUUGUGACUAAUGGUGGCCAGGAAUAUGACUUUGCACAGCAGAGUGGUAUUAUGUCCAAGGAUGAUGGGAAAAUUGCAUUGAGCUCAACUAGUUUAGGUGCUGAACUUUUACCAGAAUGCUGUUUGAUGGAACCAGAUCUUGACCAUUGUAAUAAUAAGGGUGAUAGAAGCUUGAUGGAGCUUGAAUGCUUUGAAUGUUCCUCUAUGGCUUACUGCAAUGAAAAAGGUGAGAAGGUUCAUCCUUAUAAUGGCACUCAGCAGCUACCUGUUUCUGAGUCAUAUUCAACAAAUUCAGAUGUGCUGGAUUGUGAUGGUAAUGACCAGACAUCUAGUGAUGAUUUUGGUGAUUGGAGGGUGCACUGGGACUCUUUCUACAUGAGGAACUACUUCUAUAAUAUCAAAACUCAAGCUUCUACAUGGGACCCACCCCCAGGCAUGGAAAAUCUAGUAUUUGAUAACCUAAAUGAUAAGUCAGAUGAAAUGAAUACUGAGUCCCUUCAGAAAUCUGUACAUGAUGGUGGAGUAGAAGAGCUGCUAUCUGGUGAGCUUUCAAAUGGGACUGGACUUGCUGCUACAUCUAGUUUGACAAUACCUUGUGUAAGCAAGUGUUUUGAGCUUGCAGGUGAACAUUGUGAAACCAGUGGUAGUUGUGACGGUGAACCUGCAUUAGGCUUAAUAUCAGAUGCUCGGGACAAUGUUGACAGCAUGACCAAGAUACCAACUGGGACAAUUUCUUAUGUUGAUGAUAUUCAUUUAGAAACUGAUGCUUUAGCAAAAGAUCAGGCAUAUACCCUGCUUGUUGCUGCCACUAAAAAAGGGAAAAAGAAAACAAGAAGACGAGCUCAGAGCAAAUUGUCUAGGGAUCAUGAAGAACUUCAAUUCCAAGGAAUGUUUGAGGAGUAUUCUGGCAUUAUUGGUAAAUAUUGGUGUCAGAGAUACCUGCUAUUCUCCAGAUUUGGUGAUGGUAUAAAAAUGGACGAGGAAGGGUGGUUUUCUGUCACUCCAGAGACUAUAGCUAGGCAUCAUGCAUCCCGUUGUGGGAGUGGCAUUGUAGUUGACUCUUUUACUGGAGUUGGUGGGAAUGCCAUUCAAUUGGCCCAGAGGAGUGCACAUGUCAUUGCAAUUGAUAUCGAUCCAAAGAAGAUAGGAUAUGCAUAUCAUAAUGCCACUGUCUAUGCUGUCAAUGACCGAAUAGAUUUCGUAAUUGGAGAUUUUUUCGCUUUGGCGCCUAAAUUGAAGGCUGACACUGUCUUCUUAUCUCCUCCUUGGGGUGGUCCUGAUUAUGCUAAAGUAAAGAUAUAUGACCUCAAGACAAUGCUUAGGCCGCAUGAUGGAUAUUUCCUGUUCAACGUUGCAAAGAAAAUUGCCUGCAAAAUUGUCAUGUUUCUCCCUAGAAAUUCAGAUCUCAACCAGUUGGCAGAAUUAUCUCUGUCUGCACAGCCUCCUUGGUCAUUAGAGGUUGAGAAAAACUUUUUGAAUGGCAAGUUGAAGGCAAUAACGGCUUACUUCACAGAGACAGCCGAUAGAGAACAAUAAAUCAACAUUAUUCAUGCGGAGUGAUGAAGAAGAAUGGGUUCAACCUUUUGUGGAUAUUAAGCCACCGGACGAUUUUAAAUGUUGAUCUGCGGAUUCGGAUUCCCCACCCAUCCCUAAUUUUGGUUAUACUGUUAUGGAAAGUAAUGUAAGUGCUUUGAUAUUCUCUCUUAAAAAGCGAAACAAAUCUCACUGAUAAUGUAGGCCACAGAUUUAUCACCUCAUGACUGCAACGGUGGCUUAUUUACGUCAAGGGGGAAUAGAUCUAGGAAGAUGUAGAGAAAUUAUACCUUGGACAACAAAAGUUAAAUGUAACAUGUUAAAAGGAUGACAAAUGCAAUAUAUUCUGAAAGCCAUCAAUCUUGUGUCAACCAUUUUAACAUUGUUGGAUCUGUCUGAUUUAUUAUCAGGUGAGCACGUUUUCAUCACCUCUUCUAUAUGCUAGUUGUAGCUACCGGCCUUUAUUUUUCUUUAUGUCUUCUGCUUCUUUUGGGUCACAGUGUUGUACCAACAGCCUAAAACCAUGUAUGAAUGCUUGUACCAACAUCCUAAAACCAUGUAUGAAUGCUGCAUUAAGGUAGUGGCUUGAUGCAAGUCUGAGGUAGUUGCAUUUGCUUUGUAAUUUUGGAAUUGCCUUAACUUCUAGUUAAGCUUGUACAACCACCACCUUUUUCAUCUACCGCACAAGCAUGACUCAUGCACGUGUCAUUGUUUUUAAUUUCGGAAUCUUAUUUUUUGAGCAGAAGUUAUAUAUAUUAAUUAUUGAAUUAAAUGCUCGGAUAUUAUAUGUCAUUAUUAUCGCAAACUGUCAAUUGUGUCUUAAAAUUAAUCGUUAACUAUAAGAGUUUGGAUGAGGUCCCUCUCUUGUUAGUUAUG